AUGCAGCAGCACAAGCUAGAGUAAAGUCCUCUCACUGUUCGCAAUCAAAUCCUAGAACUUAGUUUGGAUAGCGAUCAUAAUCUAAGCGAUAUCUCCUCUCAUGAUGAACUCAAGGAGGAGGAAAUAUUCAGAAGUGUCAGGUCAACUGGCAAGGAUGAGGGCUAAUAGCAGAAUGAGUAAGUCUUCAAGACUCCUGUGAUAAAUGAUGUCAGAAACCAAAAAGCUUUUCAGAACUCUAUGAGUCAUAACAAAGAUGGCUUUUAUGACUCUUCCAAGACUGGCUAUAAUUUCAUGAAUACACAGAGCAACAAAAAGCUGAACUUAGUCUGUGACUUUAGAAAUGUAACUAAUGCAAACAACUACAAUAAUCAGAAUGCUGUGAACGAGGGGUUUUAAGAUGAGAACGUCGAAAAUUAAGAAUAAGAUUAGAUGUAAUAAAUUGGUAGAUUGCAAAUUACUCCUGAUAUUUAUCAGCAAUUGAACCAAUCGUCACAUGAUUACUAAGGUGAUCAAAAGAGAAAUAGAGAUGGCUAAUUAUACCAGAAAGUAAGAAAAUUUAACUACUAGACUCCAUAACAGGAGUAUUAUGAGCCAUUUUAACUAAACCCCAACGCAGCUACUGAUAGAAAUCAUUAGCACCACUUAAAUUAGGAACCUGACCACGUUGCUCAGUAUUAUCAUGCUGCCCAAGACAACCAUCAGAAACCCCAACACAAUAGGGCACAGACUACAGAACUUGAUUAGUUUAAAUAGAAACUCCCAGCUCUUGUGAAUAGGUAACUGAAAAAUAAGCACUCAAUGAAUAUUAAGCUUGAAGAUAAUAACAAUGUAAUAGCUAAGGAAAUUUAGAAGAAUAUGAAUAAAAACAUCAGUAACUUUAAUAUGAACUAGAGUCCUAAGAACGAAUUCGUAAAAGCUUAGCAGAACAAUUUAUUCACAGCAUCAAUGCCCCCAAAAUAUAAGAAGCGCAAGACUGAUGGUAUGUAAUCAAAAGAUUCAGCAGACAACUUGAACUUCGAUCCAGAUCAUUAAAAGAACAAUAUUAGCGACCAUAAGCAGUUAGUAAGCAAUUUGGUACAAUAGAACACUAUUAAAGGGUCAUCAACAUCGUCUAUUCUCAAGAAAAAGGCUGAGUUAAUCACCAAGGGCUAUGAUUUCUCGAGUAUCAUUCUAGAUCCCCAUAAUGCUUAGAAUUACGCCAAUUUCGUGCAUGCUGAGGAUGAUUCAAACAGAAACCGAAUUAUCACUAAGAAGACAAUUAUUGAGUACAUGAAUGGAACUGGCAGUAAUAUAUUCUCACAGUCAGGCAAUCAGAGUAUACUGCAUGCAUUGUUCAAUUAUGAUCCAGAAAAUAAAGUUAUGGAACCCUCAUUUAUGGGGCUUAAAGCUUAAAAUGAAGAACAGCCUCCUGUUGAGGUUUAAUAAUUAGUAGAAGAUGAGAAAGAAGUUAUUAAUAACUAGAAUCAAUAAUAAGAAAUGCAACCUUCUGAUCUAAAGUCUAGUUAAGAGUCUGGAAUAGAUGCCACUAUCAUAGAUAUGAGUGAACUUGAAUCACUAAAUCCAAUAGAUUGUGGCUUGAAAGUCAAAUUUAUCAUAGAAAACUCUACACUCAAUUAAACUCUUAUCUUGCCAGACUCUCACAUAAAGAUCAAAGAUCUCGUUAUUGACAAGCCUUUAACGAUUAAAGGAAAGCCAGGUACAAUCCUUGAGAUUACCCAUGGCUGUAUUGAAGUUAACUUUGGAGAAAAUGAGAAGUAUAAAGAUGUCUUCAGUCUUUGUGAAUGCCAUGUGCUCUAUAGUGAUCGGGCAGAUCUCAUCUUUAUUAAGGAAGAACUUGAAAAGGAAGAUAUCAAUAAUAAUCUAAAUAGCAAUAACAUUCUGAACAGCCACAGAGGCUACACCACUGCUCCCACUAAGCUUAGUACAGAACUAAUCAGGGGCUAAAUUCUAAAAAUCAAGAGUCCUCCAUCGGAGAAUGAGUACAUAGAGACAGAUCAAAAUAGACUGCAAACUGAAGGUACUUAGAACGGUUCCAAGAAAAACCUGCUUUUCAAUAAGGACCCAAGCAACGAUAAGAUCGGUGGAGGUCCAGGAACAAAUAAUGUGCAAAUGAGUGUAUCAGAUAAUACUAACAGUGUAUACCCUCUGUUUCAAAUCAAGAACUACAGCUAUGUUGAGAUCAGGGAUUGCCUCAUUUCAUCAAAGAAUAAGUAGAGUGUCAUGGAUGUAGCCUUCUGCCUCAAUGAGAAGGAUGAAAAUGAUAGUGAUCUAGCUAAGCAGUACAAGGGAAUCCUAUCUGUCAAGUCUUGCAAUAUACAAAACUUCUCCUUAGCCUUUUUAGCUGGUAGUAAUAGCAUAUUGAGCGUUGAGUUAAGUCAUAUCACAAAUGUUAGAUAAGGAGCAAUAGCUGUCGUUAAUCCUAAGAUUCUAAAAGUGUCAGGAACUGUAAUAGAUACUAUAAUGGGUAAUGGAAUCUAGAUCUUAUUCAAAAAUAUAAAAAUGAAUGUAAUCAAAAGAGGGUCAGUACUAACUUCUAAAGUAUCAUCCAUGAGUCUAAGUAACUUAGGCAGUACUAGCCAAAGAGAAAUCAUCAAAAAGGUCUAUAUUGAGGAUAAUAAAAUAAUUAACUGCAAAGAAUCAGGCAUAUUUAUUAGAUCUAUUGUUCCAGAUCAAAUGAAGGUGGGAUCUAAUCAGAAGUACCCUAGAAUCAAUGCAAUAAUAAAAAUUCAGAAGAAUAAGAUCUACCAGAACAAGUAUUGUGGCCUUCACUUGAACAAGAUUCAUCUGCAUCAAAUAGAGGUGAAUAACUGCGAGUUCUAUUAGAAUUAAUUUGCAAAUAUCCUUCUAGAUAAAGCAUAAGGCUAGAAUGUAGACUUAUUUACUAUCUUGAGAUGUAAGAUUUGGAGUAGCUUGGAGAACGGGCUUAUUAUCAAGGACAGUCAUAACAUUACUAUACAUGAAUGCGAAUUUAUCAAGAAUAAACUAUCUGGGAUCUAUCUUUUCGACACUGGAGCUAUUAAGUAUAGCAAAAAAAGAAAGAUGAUCUAAUAACAGCUGAUGAAUACCUCUUAAUAGCUGAUCAGUAAUAUCACAUAGCAAAACAAAAAAGGCGAUAUCUUUGAGUUGAAUAACGAAUCUAACAUUGACGAGAACAACAUUCACAAUGAUUCUAUUAGAGAGGUUAUUAGAAUGAAGCAAGAGAACUUAGAUACCAAUUAGAUAAUAGGAGGAGGUAGGAAUCUGACUAUGCAAUCAUCGUUCAGAAGAGGUACGAUUAAUUACAACCAAGCAACAACUUAAUAACCAAACUCAUAGUCAAAUACUAAAAAUGGAAUGCCAAGAAUAUAGUUGAAUGGUCUAAAUAUCAACAAAACUAGUAAACUUGAUUCAUUAGCUGGAGGACCAUGUGAUAACGUUGAGAUUGGGUUCAUAAGAAUUAUAAAGUGUAAAUUCAUUGAUAAUAAACAGAAUGGGAUGUCAAUAGAAGACCUUUACAAGAAGACAGUUGAUAUUUAGAGUUGUAAAUUCAAAGAAAAUUACCUUAAUGGAAUAAGCAUUUAUUAAGAGUUGGAUACAGAAGAUGAACUCAGAGCUAACUUUGAUAGCUAGAGUUUUUUAUCUAAUCCAAGUUCCCCGAGGUAAAAAUCAAAUCAUCUAUUCACAAAUUAUCAAUCUUAAAACAACCUGAAGAAUAAUCCUAAAUUUUUGAUUAUUAGAAGAGAUAUUCUCUCCUAUGCCAAGAUAAACAUCAUGAACUGUGAAAUUAUUUUGAAUAAACACUAUGGUCUUCUGCUAGGUCAUACUAGAACUCUGAUUAAAGGCUCUCUGAUAAGUGAUAACAUGAUUGGAGCGAUUAGAAUACCAAAUUUAAAUGUAAAAUUUCUGAUACGACUAAUGGAUUAUAAUUAAAAUAACAGCAGAGGAAAUAGUGGAAAUAAUAUCGAAUUGAUUUAAAAAGAUAGACCUGCAAUUUUAGGUAAAGUAGGGGGUGACUGGGGUGAGAUUAUCAAUGUUUACAAAGAGCUUUAAAUGAAAUCUGGGUCUGAUAUAUCAGAUCUCUCCAGAAUGCUUGAUGAUAUUAAUUACAAACAUGGGGCUGAAGAAAAUCCUGAUUAAAACGAUAAGAAUAGUAAACAUGAUUAAGAGAGAAAUAACAAUAAUAUUGAAAUUUUAAAUAUAAAGGAAGGAACUUAAAAAAAGACUAAAUAUUAGUCCUAAGCUUCAAGUAAGAAGAGCAAAUUCAAUUGCUUUUAAAAGCAAGAGAAGAAGAGGAUCGAAUAGAUUGGUGAUUACUUGAUUAUUAAAGAAGUGGACAAGCGUGGUACUUCCACCAAUAUUGAAAAGCGAAAUCAACUAGGAUAAAUAAACGAUGGAAAGAGUAGAAAUGGCUGCAAUUUAAUGAAAUGUUGCACCUCGACAUCUAAUAGCAGGAAAAUGAGUGAUAAAUAAACGAGUCCUAAAAGGUAAAAGUAUAAAAUGCAAUCAGAGCAAAAUUGUACGAUAUUUUGA